UGGCGAGAUGAGGAAGGACCUGUCUGAGGCGGGGCGCGCGCGUCAGGAAGAUGGCGCUGCGUCUGCUGUGGAGAGCGCCACGCGGAACGGCGGCGGCGGCGCUGCCGAGGCUGAAACCACUUCUGGCAGCUGAUGUGCCCAGGGUUGGAUACAGUUCCUCCUCCAAUCACAAGUACAUUCCCCGGAGAGCAGUGCUCUAUGUACCUGGAAAUGAUGAAAAGAAAAUAAAGAAGAUUCCCUCCUUGAAUGUAGAUUGUGCGGUGCUCGACUGUGAGGAUGGUGUUGCUAUGAACAAAAAGAAUGAAGCUCGAUCGAGAAUAGUAAAAACUCUUGAAGACUUUGAUCUGGGCCCAACUGAAAAGUGUGUAAGGGUCAACUCGGUGUCCAGCGGUCUGGCCGGAGAAGACCUGGAGAUCCUCCUGCAAUCCCGGGUCCUUCCUUCUAGCCUGAUGCUGCCAAAGGUCGAAGGUCCUGAAGAAAUCCAGUGGUUUUCAGACAAAUUUUCAUUCUACUUAAAAGGCCGAAAACUUGAACAACCUAUGAAUUUAAUCCCUUUUGUGGAAACUGCAAUGGGUUUACUCAAUUUUAAGACCGUGUGUGAAGAAGCACUAAAGACCGGACCUCAAGUGGGUCUUUUUCUAGAUGCUGUAGUUUUUGGAGGAGAAGACUUUCGAGCCAGCAUAGGUGCAACAAGUGGUAAAGAAGCCCAAGAUAUUCUGUACGCCCGACAAAAGAUUAUUGUCAUAGCGAAGGCCUUCGGUCUGCAGGCCAUAGAUCUGGUGUACAUCGACUUUCGAGACGGAGAGGGGCUCCUCAGGCAGUCCAGGGAAGGAGCCGCAAUGGGGUUUACCGGUAAGCAGGUGAUACACCCUAACCAAAUUGCCGUGGUUCAGGAACAGUUUUCUCCUUCCCCUGAAAAGAUUAAGUGGGCUGAAGAACUGAUCGCUGCCUUUAAAGAACAUCAACAAUUAGGAAAGGGAGCCUUUACUUUCCAAGGGAGUAUGAUCGACAUGCCAUUACUGAAGCAAGCCCAGAACAUUGUUACGCUUGCCACAUCCAUCAAGGAAAAAUGAUCUGUUAAAUGAAGCUCUCAUCAGUUUUUAGGAGCUCAGCCAGGCUGCGGUCCCGAAGCCUGGAGUCCUGCCUAACGUCUGAGGAGUGAAGUCACUUUGUAAACAGCCUGUCAGACUUGCUGAGGGAACAUUCAAUCUUGUCCCAUUCUCCCCUUGCUGUCCGUGCCCAGGGAAUUGGGAGGCUGUGCUCAGGCUUAGGACAGAAUCUGGCCAACUGGAGGUGCCUUCCUCUGGUAUCUGCUCUUGUGCAGGAACCAAGGAAGUUCCCUUGGUUUAACUGCUGAACCCUAAGUCAAAGACAAAGCUUUCUAUUUAUCAGAAAGGGUAGAAAACUCACUCUCAAAUCACCUGUGCCUAUUGACCGAGGGGGAAUCCUGUAACUAUGUUAGACUUCUCCAUUGGUCAAAAUCAAUUUCUCACACUGUGUGUGUAACAUGUAAGCAUAUAGAAAACUGGUCCCAGAGAUUAGUCUAAGCCCUGGAAGGAAAUUUCAAGAUUCCCUUCAUUACAUAUUUUAAGAGAGUUGACAUACUGAAAACUCCAUCUUGUGAAAAACAAGGGAGACCAAACAUCAACUAUAUUGUGAUGUUAAAAUAUCUAGCUAAAGGGGGAGAAAUUCAGUGACAAGAAACUGGAUUUUUUGGACUACAUAAUGCCACAUAACUGGUUUGGCUGAGUUCUGUUUUGUUUUUAAACAAUGAAUAAAUUGCCUUAGUUAUUCAGACACAAUGAAAGAAUCAAGAGAAAAAUGAACGUUCCAUUUCAGAUAGUUUUGUGGUGGAGAGUUUCUUCAGAAGACUAUAUACUCUAGGCAUCUGGCUUAAUUUUUUUGUGUGUGUGUGUGUUUUUUUGUUUUGUUUUGUUUUUGUUAAUGGGCUCUUUUGAGUUCCGUGGAAGGAAGAACAUAAAAACCAACAUGAAUUUCUGGCUUAGAUUCUCUGGAAAAACUGUGUUAAUAACCUGAAUUCCCAGAUGCGGAGAAGAGCACAUCCAUUGCCUCAAGUGGAUUUCUCGGGACUGGAAUUCAUGCAGCAACUUCCAGGGAGCUUUAGGAUUCUUCUCCGGGUCUAGCUUGAGGGAGCUCCUGCCACCAGGAGCCCCACGGGCACUUCAACACCAGUGACACAUCACGUGUGUCCAGGGGCCUUGGCCAUGUGCGGCAGGAUACCACUGGCUGCAGCUCAUGACUUUGCAAAGUCUUUGCCUAAGCUGCAACCCCUCCCACUCCCCCACACCCACCCAACUCCUCACCAUUCUUCAAGACACACCCGGAAGGUCUGUGAACUCUCCCCAACUUCCCACACAAAACUUGCUGACGUGUCCCCCACGCUGAGUCCUUCCAAUGCAUUGCAUCAGAUUUCUGCUGUAGUACUUAUGCAUGUGUGUCCCCCAGAGUGUGGAUGCCCUGAAUACUGGACAUUCCAUGCAUCUCCACAUCCCUCUCCUGCUCAUCUGUCAUCCCCAGCAAGAGUUCGAUAAAAGUGUGUUUAUUCGGAUUACGGACUGAGUGUUUCCUCCCUCCAAUGUUUAGGUUCAAAUCCUGCCUUUCCGAUCACCAGGCUGUAUUACAUUCAGACAAGUCAUUUAUUCUCUCUGAGCCAUCAGUUUCUUCGACUAUAAUAAUAGCAGCUAACUCAAAGAGCUGCUAUGAGGAGGCUGUGAGCAUAGAAAUGCACCACCAAAGUCCCCCUUCCAGCGUCACUCAUUUGGUGGGCCAGGGCUGGGGGGU